AGCAGUGAUGACGUAACUGUUUGAUGCAUCGAAUGAAUCUCUCUUGAGUGUUGCACACAGACUGUUUUAGUGUAAUUAGAAUUGCUCCCGUUUCAGACUUAUAAGUUGUAAGUUAUGAAUCUUCGACAUGAGCAUUGUUAAAAUGAUUUGAAGGCAGAAUCAGCCCAGUACUGGUUCACGUUCUCAGGUAAGAGAGGCUCACCUGGUAAAAAGUUAGUUAUUUUUGGUACUGGAAUUACACCGAAGAUAAAUUAGUUUAAUCAAAUCAUGUCAUGAAUAUGUGUGCAUGUACUCCUUAAGUCCAGGGGCCUACAAUGCAUUGCUAUGACAGGCCACAACAAUUAUGGAAAUGUUCUUCAGGAGGGUCAAAGCAUUACUUCGGGGCACCAGACCGUUAAUUCUGUGUUAUUAAUAGAAGAUCAUGGAGCAAGAAGAACAUCAGCGCCACGUUCUCUCAUAAAUGGAGAUAAUUAUCUUGGCAUCAUAAAAUCACACACACUUGAAUCUGUGUCCAAUCAAACACAGUUAUAGCCAUUUUUACUGCUGCUGCUGUUCAUGUUGGACAGAUGUGCGCGGUAAUGGCAUAGAGCGGGUGUUAGAAACAAACAUUAUAGAUAAUGUCCACGUGCAUAUCCGAGUUAAUCAUCAGAAGAAGUCUUCAAGCUCAGUUUCCAGGUUGCCACCUUACCCAGGGAAGCGGGUGUGGAGGUCCGCUCACCCGCUUACACACAUUUAUCAUAUUUAACACCUAGUAAGGAGGCCUGGUGACCCGAAAGAAACCGCAGACAGCUUGAAGAUGGCGGGAGGACGAGGAGGAGACGGGCUGAAGACACAGCUGUUAUUAGCUUUUCCGCCAGACGGCGGAUGAGACGGAAGCUGAGACAGUUGGACUGGAGAAGGAACGGCUGGACGGGAAAAGGGGGAAGAUGGGAGAUCCUUGGAGGGAAAGGAGGAGAUUGUGGAGCAUUAAUAAUGAACGGCGGGUCCUUGGAGACCGUGUUCACACAUUAAUAAUGAAUCACAUUCAGCUGGACGGCCAAACUCACAUCUCGGCACAACUUAAGGGGAGAAACAGCAGAAAAUUGAAUGUAACGCUUUAGGGUGAAUUUGGUCAACUUUUUACUUUGUAAAAAUAUUCAUAUCACAUUAAAACCUUAAACUUCAAUGCAAUUUAUUGCAUUUAUUCAACAACAUAGAAGUAAAUGUGAAGUUUAGGACAACCGUGAACUAAAAUCCAGUAAAAUAAGGACAGGUAUAUUUACUUGUAUGGCAUAUUUUAGCUGCAAAACAAUUCAAAGAGGAUUGCAUGAUGAAAACUUAAAACAGUACAAUAAAUGACCCGGACUAGAGCCUAAAACUAAUGAUGUUCCAGCUAUUAUUAAUCAAAAGACAUGUUUAAAAAGUGGGGGGCGUGGAGGGAGGUUUGUACAGGAACUCAGUGUUUUGGCAGCUUUGCAGAUUUUUUUCCAGAUCAGUGAACUGGAAGCUGCUUCUCUAUGUUUGGUUCUGGUUCUGAGGAUGCAGAGCAGAUCAGAUCCAGAAGACCUGAGAGGCACAUUAUCACUUCUUGAUGAUGUAAGGUAGAGCUGUGCAUCAUUUCCAUAAUUAUGCUAACUUACCUGUUAUGAGUUAGUGGAAGAUGUGGAUAUGAAAUGAUAAAGGAAACCUUUAUUAAUGUGAAUUUUUUUUUUUAUCAGACUGGUUUCACUUUGAAUCCACUUCACAAAAUCUUGAUAAAUUAUUGAAAACAUUUGGGUUGGCAUGAAAUGUGGAAAAGUUCAAGAGAUUGGAAAAACUCUUAAAAAACUAUAAUACAGUAAAAUAUGUAUUCAAACUAAAAAAAACCAGCAACUCAACAGUAGGUAUAUGUUGUUCAACUUAAAUAAUAACGAUCAUGAAUGGCUUCCAGAGUGGGAGUUGAAACGGGCUGCUUUCGUAGAUUACCCUGCGGCGGGAGCAGAUACGGCGAAAUGAUUCCUAAAAGAGGUCAGGGGUGGAGUUCGAAACGUUCCCAAAAAGCAUGUUUCUGCUCACAGUAAUUGAAACAAAUGAACAUGGAGAGUCUGGUGUGGACUGCCAGCUCCUGGUUUUACCCGGAGAAGGACGCAGAGACACAAGCACACAUUAACUUCUCAAUUACCUCAUUUUCCCUCUUCGUCUCUAACAUCUUCCCAUCGCUAUUUCGCACACACUCACUCCCUCAUUCGGCGUGUACACACACUCGCGCGCAAGCAAAUGAGCUGCUUGCUUAAAGCAAAUGGGCGGCCCUGAUGUUGAUUUGCUGCCAUUUGCCAACAAAGACCUCAGCUUGUUGCCCCUUCAUCCCUCUUUAUCAGCCUGUUCUUCUUCCCCUCGCUCUAGCUAGAAUGGGUGUGCAGCGCCGAGAGAUACACACAAAUGGACAAAACGUGUGUAUUGGACAUUGAGAACACACACACACUGUUCUGGGUGUAUAAUUACAGUGAGUGAAGCAGCACGGAGGAAUAAUUACAUAGCCUGGUUCCUGUUGUUGUUUCCAACAAAUAAACCAGUAAACAAACAAGAUGGAGGGUGAGAGAGAGGUCAAGGGAUCUCGCAUCUGUGCGCCUUCCGUUUUGCAAACGUUUGUCCGUCGCAUCACCUGCAGCAUCGCUGGGAGCACCGCUGGUGCAAGGCUGCCAAAGGUAUUUCCAAAGUGGGCAGGUUUCGAUCGUGGAGAAACAGAACCAGGAAGGAAGGAAUACAAGGACAGAAGAGGAUUUAUCCACCGAUUAAUCAAUCAGAUUGACUGAUUGAUCAAUUGGUUGAUUGAAUAGACGAAAGAGAAUCAAAGAAGCAAGAACACAGGAAAAAUACAAUGAAAAAGGGAGAAAGGACACGAGACAAGAGGAAGUAAAGGCUAAUCCUCUCACUGUCUGUUUGACUGUGAGGCCCCGUGGACAUGCCUGUUUAGCUGCCCUGCGUGAUGCCUGAUCAUGACAGCACCACCCUCUUAACCAGACAAACCAAGCGCAGACGUGUCGACAUCGGGGUGAAAAGGACUGUGGGUAGCGCGAUAUUUCCCCGUGCCCGGGAGACCCUGCUCGAAGCCAUGAACCAGUCGCACGGCCCUGAUCAGGACGGAGAUCUCUCCCUGGUGAGUCACGGCCACGGGGCCGCCAACGGUGACGGAGAGAAGACAAACGUCCUCAGAAAGCUGCUGAAAAGGGCCAACUCUUAUGAAGACGUCAUGAUGCCUUUUCCUGGGGCUACAAUCAUCUCCCACUUAUUGAAGAACAACAUGGGGAAGAACGGAGGGAGUGACUCAGGCUUUCAGGGUAGUGGAGCUCUGUCCAGUGGAGGUUCGGAGAUUCAGGCCGAAGACGCCUGCAGUAACUCUUCACGGGACAGUCCAUCCGACUGUCUUUCCCCUGGUCCUCCUCUGCCUCCUCCAUCGUCCUCUAACUUUGGACGACCGUUGCCGCCCUCGAAUCACAUUUCUCACACCUCUUCUCAAUCUUUAUCCUCCUUUGACUUGGACCGACUGUCGGACGAGCAUCUCCGUGCCAAGAGAGCCCGCGUGGAAAACAUCAUCCGCGGAAUGAGUCACUCCCCAUUGGUCCGUCCCAAUGCCGGUGACCACAACCAGGAGGGCAAUCGUGAGAACGAAAAUGGCAGCAGCAACAGUAACAAUCACAGAGGAGAGGACGGCAGUCAUAACAGCAGCCGCGGCGGCGAUUGUCCUUCCCUCCUCAGCUCUCCUGGUUCGCGAGGCGGUGUGGUCGGCAUCGGCGAGGUUUACAGAGAGAAUAAGAGGAAACAGCGUCUCCCACAGCAGCAACACAGUUUCACCCAGCUAGUUUGUUCCAGGCAGGAGCAGAGACAGGAAGAGAGAAGGCAGCUCAAACUACAACUUGAAGACAUGCAGAAACAACUGCGUCAACUUCAAGAGAAGUUCUACCAAAUCUAUGACUCUGAGACAGAGGAAGAGGAAGAGAACAUAGUGAAUGGAGAGGUCAACCAAGGAGGGGAUAGAGAGGAGGAUGGCAACCUUUCAGAGGACAGUAUCCGCUCUGACGGCCUGGAGGAGAGGCACAGAGACAGAGGCCGGCAUAACCAUGAUGAUCUAUCCGAGUUGGACCCGGGACUUUUCCUGGACAGAGCCCGAGCCCUCCUCCGAGAACAAGCCUUGAUAGAUGGAGAAAUGGAGGAAGAUGCUGACAGCCGGGAAGAGGAGGAAAGAAACGGAGAAAGGGUGAUGAAGAGGAGAGGGGUAGCAGGAGGAGGAGGAGGAGGAGGUGGCCGGCAGCUGGCCGAGACACUAAAGCAGGAGCUGAACUGUGCCGUGUCACAGGUCGUUGACACUGUCGUCAAAGGCUUCUCCUCACCCAAGCAGAACACCGGUCACCAUCAUGGCUGCCACAGCAGUACGCCAGCUGCACCUUCUUCUUCCUCCAACUCAUCCUCAUCUUGUCCACCUCCUUUCGGGCCACUGCCCUCGCUUACCCCAGAGUCUCGUUUUGGUGGUGGUAAUUUGGCACUCAGCUUGAAUGGUGAAGGCAGUCCCACCCCUAACUAUCAUUCCUCCAACCAGAGGCUGCAUUGCUUUGGGGAUGUAAUUGUCCCUAGCCCUCUAGAUUCGUUUGGUGGUCUGAGUAGCAGACUUAGUGGUGUGCCAACACCCAACGAUCAAACGGAGGCUCUGCCGCUUGUAGUGCGCAAGAGUGGGAGUGCGGUAGAGACCCCCAAUGCUUCUCUUCCUCCUCCUCCACCUCCUCAUCAUCCCUCCCUCCACCCAUCUCCGCUCACAGCUUCCCUCGGCUUUAGCCCGCCAUCAUUUCGCCACCCAUUUCCUCUCCCCCUCAUGGGUUACCCUUUUGGGAAUCCCCUAGGAUCACAUGGGGCUGGAGGUGGCUACCCCUCAGGACCAAAAGACCACAGUCGGGUAUCCCCCGACUCUAUGGACAUAACCCGGGAAACUGUCAGCCUCAGAACCAAGAUGGCAUCUCUCAGCGGGGCCCACAUGGGCCACCAUCACCACAGGCAGAGCUCUCCAAGCCACCAUGGACCAGAGGGCCUGUCACUGUCCCUCAUCAAGUCAGAGUGUGGAGAUCUGCAGGACAUGGCUGACAUAUCUCCCUACUCAGGCAGCACUAUUCAGGAGGGCUUGUCUCCAAACCAUCUGAAGAAAGCCAAGCUGAUGUUCUUCUACACUCGCUACCCUUCCUCCAACAUGCUCAAAAUGUUCUUCUCUGACGUCAAGUUCAAUCGUUGCAUCACCUCCCAGCUGAUCAAGUGGUUCAGCAACUUCAGAGAGUUCUACUACAUCCAGAUGGAGAAGUUUGCCCGUCAGGCCAUCAAUGAGGGCGUAACCGCAGCCGAAGACCUGACGGUGAGCCGGGACGCAGAACUCUUCAGGGCCCUCAACAUGCACUACAACAAGGCCAACGACUUUGAGGUUCCCGAUCGGUUCCUGGAGGUUGCCCAGGUGACGCUCCGCGAGUUCUUCAACGCCAUCGUAGCCGGGAAGGACGCCGACCCGUCGUGGAAGAAGGCCAUCUACAAAGUGAUCUGCAAACUGGACAGUGACGUCCCCGAGGUCUUCAAAUCCCCCAACUGCCUCCAGGAACUCCUCCAUGACUGACUAGGACGAGCGAGGAAACCAGGCAAGAGGAACAAACCCGCCAGGACCGUCAGGUCUGAACUGAACGUAGAGCGCGCUUCUGUUCACCGGAGGAUCUGAAGACAACACUGCCCUCUAUAAGAUUUUAUAUGAAGAGUUGCUCCUCUUGAAUAGCAGGAAAGGGCUCACGCUCAGUUUUAGAUAUUCAUGUCUGGACUUUUGGAGUUUAAAAGCAAAAAUGUGAGCAACUGAUGAUCCUCCUUGCACUUAAAGAAAAGGUUUUGUUUGAACUUUCUCCUCAUCCUUAAAGAUUAAAAAAAUGAUGAAAAGGAUGCUGGACAGGAGCAAACUAAUAACAAAGAUGAUAAUAUAUAUAUAUAUAUAUAAAAACAAAAAAAAAUCUUCUUAUUGUGGAUGGCUUUGAGUUACAUGGAUGAUUUUGAAAAGAAAAAAGGUGUAGUUUGUGUAUUUUCUCCUCCUUUGUAUAUGUCCCCAUCCAUCAUGCACACGUAGGAAAGCACAGUAGCAUCCUGACCACAGAGCGCUGCUCAUCUUAGAGCAUCAGACACGUAAACACGUAAAUCUCUAUAAUAAUAUCCAUGCCCAAAAACUUUGUGUCAGUCUGUCACGUAAAAAAAAAAAAAAUCUCAUUACAAUAAAAGUUUUUCUGACUGAACGUGAUCAAACCUGACGUUCCAGGGGUGUGAAUACUUUCUCAAGCCACUGCAUUCCAGUAUCUAAAAACGCUCUGUUUGUAGAGAUUACUAAAAUUCUUGAUUUCUUGAACUUCAGUUGUGGGUUUGAUUACUUUGCUAAAUGUGGAUGACCUUUAUAAAUGAGACAAGAGGAAGCCAGCGGACUAUUUUUGUCUAAUAUGAUCAAAAACACAUCGUGCCAAUAAGCAUGAAUAAGAAAUGUUUGCAUAUCGAUACUACAUGUAUUUUUCACAUCCAUGACUGAACCGUUGACUUUUUAAUUCUAAUCAAUUCAACUUAUUUUACAAAUUCCCUUAGAAUUUGAAAUAUUUAUGCCACACAGUGGCAGACAUUUUUAAUAGAAUUCAACAUUGUGGCAGAUUUUUAAUGUUGCAGAUAUUUGUGUCUCGGAUUUGAAGAGUUCCCAGAACAUCUUCACAAUUCACACGUUCCAAGAAAUGUGUGAACAUUCGUCAGUAAAACCAAGUUUUUACCGACGCAAACCUAUUCAAAUAAAGCACAGGAAAAAAAUUCAAAUCUUUAUAAUAUGUAUUUUUUUUUUUUUUUUUUUGCUUUUGCAGUGAUAUCCAGUGUCUGAUUGAAAAGCCCUCAAUUAAUCAAUUUGACUUAAUAAAGUAAUAAUUUCCAAGGUAUCAAUGGCCCAUACUGUCUUCUUGUUGCUAACAAUGCUAAAAAUAGAUAUAAAAACCCCAAAAAUAUGUAUAACAUAUUUAUUAUUUAUAUUAAAGAUAUAAAUAAUACACAUCAGACAUAUAUGCCUUUCUUUUAAUUGUAACCCUUUAAAUGUUUUGGAUAUUGAAUGGUUUACGCAUCCAUUUCAUACACACACACACACACACACACACACACACAAAUACUGUUUACUUUCUUUAUAGUUGAGCUGGUGCAAAAUAAUAAUAAAA